GAGAUCGGAGGAAUCAACGACAUCCUGAAGAACGUCCUCCUCAUCUUCCCUCACUUCUGUCUCGGACGAGGACUCAUCGACAUGGUGAAGAACCAGGCGAUGGCCGACGCCCUCGAGAGAUUCGGUGAGAACCGUUUCCGCUCCCCUCUGGAGUGGGACAUGGUGGGAAAGAACCUGUUCGCCAUGGCGGUCGAGGGAGUCGUGUUCUUCAUCAUCACCGUCCUCAUCCAGUACAGGUUCUGCAUCAAGCCCAGGUCGACCAGUAAACUCACCAAACUGGGGCCACUGGGAGAGGAGGACGAGGACGUGGCCCGUGAGAGACAGAGGAUCGUCCACGGCCUCGGACACGGAGACAUCCUGGAGCUCCGGCAGCUCACAAAGGUUUUCAAGAGGAAACAGAAGCCGGCGGUGGAUCGGCUGUGUGUCGGGAUUCCACCUGGAGAGUGUUUCGGUCUGCUCGGCGUGAAUGGUGCCGGAAAGACGACAACCUUUAAGAUGCUGACAGGAGACACGCUGGUGACCAGCGGAGAGGCCUUCCUGGCCGGUAAGAG